CUUCCUGUAUCUCUCAGGUGACUCACCUGGCGAGUGUGGUCGUCGGCCACUGUGAGGUUUCUGUCGACAUCAGACGAGCGAGUCGCGCCCCUCCGCAGCUCCAGAGUAGUCGAGGAUCAGCUCGGGCCGGAGGAGGGACUUUUUAAAAGAAAGAUUUAUUCUUUUUAUUCGUGUGUGUGACGUUUACCGAUCACCUCUCGGCGCCGACCAGGAAGUGAGCAGUCGACGGAACGUCGUUGGUCUGAGAGGAGGCAGAGGUCUAAAGGAGGCGACCUGAGGAGAGAAUAACGAGUGGGGUUGUCGUUCUUUUGUUUUUGUUCUUUUAAAUCUCCUCCGGGCUGCAGGUGAUCUUUGUUCGUGUGGGAACUCUCCACUCCGCGGGACUUGAGUUGACAUGAGUCCCCCGCUCACGGGGCCGCGCGGAGCCCCUGCGCUCCUGCCGCUGCUCCUGCUGCUGCUGCUGGUGCCGCUGCUGCGCCGCGCCGCCGCGCAGGGGCCCGGCGAGGAGUGCCUGGCCCGAUUCAAGGUCGGCCAGGAGGACUUCGUGCUCGACGCCGACGAGUCCGUGAAUGACGGGGCGACGUUCAUCUCGUCGCCGAAGCUGGACCGACACCGCGACUGCGUGGGCGCCUGCUGCAAGGAGCCCCGGUGCAACGUCGCCCUCAUGGAGAGGGGCCCCGAGGAGGGCACGGUCAAGUCCUGCUUUCUCUUCGACUGCCUGUACAAGAAGAAGUACGCGUGCCGCUUCGUCAGGAAGAAGGGCUACAUCAACUACGUCCUGGACUCCGUCUACCAAGAUUACGUGAAGUCGGAAGUCGUCCCAAGUGAAUCGGACCGUCCACCAGUGGCCAACGGCGGCCAGGACCAGGUGGUCCAACCGCAGGACAACGUGAUACUGAACGGCAUAGACAGCAAAGAUGACCAAAAGAUCGCGUCCUUCCAGUGGCAGAUGCUGACCGGUUAUCCUUUCGCAGUCAUCGAGAAAACCAAGUUCGAAGACCAGAUCAUCGUGUCCAAUCUGACAUCUGGGGUGUACAAGUUCCAGCUGACGGUCACAGAUACCAUGGGCCAAUCGGACACAACCAAGGUCACAGUCCUGGUCCUCACUCCGGAGCAGUCUGAGCUACGAUGUAUGGCUCCGAAGAAGAUUGGGCCUUGCCGCGGUUCUUUCCCUCGAUGGCAUUACAACGCCGCCUCGGAGAAGUGUGAGGAGUUCACCUUCGGAGGCUGCCGGGAGAACCUCAACAACUAUUUGUCCAAGGAAGAGUGCAGCAAAGCCUGCCAUGGCUCAGAAAAAAGUGCUGUAUCUGGUAGAGGUUUACCAGUUCCCACACCUCAACGAGAAAAGUGUGGUGCUCCCUGCACCGUCGAGCAGUUCACCUGCGACAACGGUUGCUGUUUGGAUCCAGGCCUGGAGUGUGACUCGUCCCCACAAUGCAGCGACGCCUCCGAUGAGCAGAAAUGCAAAGACUUGGACACCAAGUUUCGGAUUCUUCUAGAGAUUCCCGUGGAUGAGCAAAAAGUGCGCUGCACGCAGCCUCCCGUCACAGGAACCUGCAGGGAAGGUCUCACUAAGUGGUACUACAACCCCCUCCAACUGGAGUGCUUCCGCUUCAACUACGGUGGCUGCCAGGGAACUGAGAACAGAUUUGACACCAAGGAAGCCUGUACGAAAGUUUGCCGAGGGGUAACAGAAAAGGACAUAUUUGCAAGAAAGGAGGAGUUUGAAAGGAGUGUGUCUGAUAACGAGACAGUUGUUACAGCAAUAGCAGCCGUCCUAGGCGUAGCUAUCGCCAUCCUACUUGGCGUCCUGUUGUACUGCCUCGUAAAGGGAAAGAAGAAGUCGUCGCAACACCACCGUGUUCCCGUCAACACCGUCCCGGUCACCUCGUUGGAGGACAGAGAGCGUCUGGUCUACAACAGCACCACCAAGCCCAUCUGACCCCCACCCCUCUCAGCCGUCACCUUUGACCCCCAUCCUGGUGGUGAAUGAUGCUGGUUGCCGGAGCCUUGUCAUAUAGUGAACAAACUCAGAUUGAUGACAGAGGAGACAAUAUAUCCGUUGACUUAGUUUGAAUGCUGGAGGAGAUCUGUUUUUUUAGGUUUUUUUUAUAUAUAUAUAAGGGUGAUGUACACGAAAGGCAGAAUGUCUUCUGUGAUGAAAUGUGAUAUCUAAUAAUUUGACUUUUACAUUUGAUUUAAUGCAGUGAGCUGUUAAAAUCAGUUGUUGAUAUAGUGUGCAUUCAGGUUAAAAGGGGGGAGGUAGAGCAUCACUGGAUAUCAUACAGGUUGUUCUCACUGAAACAGGUUCUCUUUCUCGUUUUGUUUUUAAAAUAAAGUCUGUUUUAAUGCCAGACCCUUAGUUGUCAGUAGGUCUGUGCUGGACUGUUACUUUGCAGUAAAAGUCCAGUUUAUAUUUCUUUUUGUGAAUAUAUAUAUAUAUAUAAUGUCACAUGGUGAUCCCUUCAAUUUACUUAAGUCCUGUCACGUCGGCUCCUUCACUCUUCUUCUUCUGUUUUUAUACAUCAUUGUUACACAUGCGUAUUGUUGUACAUAAUCUUAACAUUUUGAGAAAAAAAAGUGCUAUUUUAAUUGAGAAAAUUAUUUUUGUCCCAUUUAUCAGAAGUGUUUUUAGAAAAAGCUUAAUGCAUCGAAUGAUACAUAUUGAUAACUUUAUAAAGCUGCCUUGCUGUUGAUUAUUGAACCUUUUAAACUUGUCAAAUGUCUGUACAUAUGACCUGAUAUGAUUCUUUGCAACUAGCAGUAUCGUGAUGUUUAUAGGAAAUAAAAAUAUUUGUUAAAAAUGUAA